AUGGCCAAUCUGGGUGUUUACGCAGGUGUAACGACACUCGUCGCCUUGCUCUUGACCUACGGCAUCCCAUUGUUUCUCAGCGAAUACUUUCCCUGGCAGAGCUUGUAUAAACAACGCCACGGAAAACCUAUAGUCACGACAAAAUCGUAUGAGGGACGAACUGUGCUCAUCACUGGAGCCAAUGGUGCUUUUGGAUCGAGAGCUGCCAAGCUCUUUGCCCACCGCGAUGUUGACACGCUUGUUCUUGUUGACGUCAGGGACUGUGGGGAGCUGAAGCAGGAGAUUGAAAAGGAAUUGAGUGCUGCGGGCAAAGCAAAGCCUACCAUUUUGGUCUGGCAGGCUGAUCUGAUGAACUUUUCAGGAUGUCAAGAGGUUGCGAGAAAGGCGAAGGAACUCAAGACACUUGACCAUGUCUUGAUGACGAUGGGUAUCUUGUCUUUUAACCGUCGUGUGUCACCUGAAGGCUGGGAAACCUCCAUCCAAAUCAAUUACCUCUCUGGUGCUCUCCUCGGACUUCUACUCCUGCCCCUUCUCAAGCCUUGCUCUUCCAACCCCAACCCUCCCGUCAUGACCUUUGUCACAUCCUUCGGCAUCUACCCAUCGUCAUUCACAAUGGGCAUGCCCAAGAAUGGUUCCUAUCUCAAGAUGCUCAGCAACAACAAGGACGGCAUGCAGCAAGCCCACCAAUACGGCCGCUCCAAGGCUCUGCUUCUGUACUUCACCCGCGAACUCGCCGAGCGCACCUCAAAGCUUCCUCACAAAGUGACCAUCAACAGCGCCGACCCUGGAUCUGCAUGGACGCCUCUUACCGCUCCGAAUCAGGAUCAGCUCAUCCCAAGACUAAUUCAGAACUUUGGAUCCAGAGCACCGGAGAUUUGUGCUGCUGCUCUUGUCAAUGGUGUUUCAGCGUCGAAAGAUGCGCAUGGGAAGAUUAUGCAGGAUUUUGACACUACUUCUUAUCCUCCUUUUAUGGAACGUAAGAGUGGUCAUACAGCUCAGAAGCGUGUCUGGGAUGAGACGCGGGAAGAGUUUGAGGCCAAGGCUCCAGAGGUCAAGGCUGUUUACGAGAUGUUGGGUUGA